AUCAACAAACGGCGCAAACGUCAUUUCCGAUAAUUACAACUAGGAAGUGACGACUAAUGAGCUGUUUUGUAUUUUCAAACAUUUAGCUACAAACGUGGGUUUGUACAGUGUUUUCAUGUAGUUUCACUGCAGAUAUGCCACGGUACUGCGCUGUGAAAACUUGCAGAAACCGCGGGGGAGCUGUAUCAAGGCAAGACAACAAGAGAAUUAGCUUCUACCCGUUUCCUUUGUAUGACAAGCCCAGGCUUCAGAAAUGGGUGGACAACAUGAAACGGGAGGAAUGGACCCCAAGUCGGCAUCAGUACCUUUGCAGCGAGCACUUCACAGAGGACUGCUUCGAUAUUCGUUGGGGCAUCCGCUACCUCAAGAACACGGCUAUCCCGACCAUUUUUCCUUCAGCUGAAGAUGAUGGUGAGAAGAAAGUGGCCACCAUUAAAAGGGCCCCCAAAGCCAAACCCAGAACUGUGGAUAUGGAUGCUGAGCCCACAGGAUUUGACUCUUCCCUUCUCACUAAGAGGCCUCUCAUUUUGAGCAGAACAUUCAAAAAGAUUCAGUCAAGUACAACAGACGACACUGUUACUGAACAUACAGAGAUGGUUUUUGAUCUACCUCUGGUAUUGGGCUCUGGCAGCUCCUGUCAUGCAAAUCCCUCAGAGAUGCAGACUGCUGCUUGUGAGGUAUCAGGUGACAGUGGCAUGCCAGUGGCAUCCUUCUUGGCACUAUUCCCGUACAGAGAGUCUCAUUCUGAAGUCCAGACCGACUCAACUGUGACUGUGUUGUGUUGUGAAUCAUUAGACCCUUUCUCUGAUGUAGAGACAAGUGUGGAUGCAGCUGUCCCCCAAGCAGCACUAGGCGAGGCUUAUAGCUUUGUUCCUGUGGAAAUUGUCAAAGAUGGACCCACGGGCUGCUUUGUGGAGGAGAGGGGACCCAGUGAGGGAGAGCACAUUUUUGCUUAUGAGCACUCAUACUGCCGGCCAGACACAGACAAAGAGCAGUUGUGGAGUAAGAUCUUAAGUUUGCAUGCAAAGAUCAUGGAGCUGGAUCACAGGGAGGAGAGCACCGUGGCUAAAAUCCAUGCACUGGAGACUGAGAUAGCUCACCUGAAGAAAGAUGGGGCGGUUUUUAAAGAGAAGCAGAAAGUUUUAGAAGAAUAUAUUUCAUCCAUAUUGCUCUGAUUUUGAAAUGAGAUUGCGGAUGUGCAUGUAUUAUAAAUUACCAUUGAAUCACUUUUGCAGGUAUGUUGCACAUGCUGCUAUACAUACUGUACAUAAGCACUAAUUGUGCCUGAUUUUACACAACUCAAUUGAUGUUUAUUCUGCAACAUUGCUCAGUUGUAGAUCUGAUAAUUUUAUGUCCACAUGGUGGUACUGUACAGCCAUCUUUAUUGAAAGUGUCUCAGAUGCUGGAGCAUUCCUUUUCAGUGGCUUAUUGCUAUGCAUACAUACUGUAUCUCUAGUUGCUAUUGCUAUGCUAUGCACAUGUCAACAUUUUGUUAUAUGAUGUGAUCAAUAUCAUAUCCUAACUUAAUAAUGAUUCUUUUGCUGUUUUUAUUAUGCAGUGCCAUCAGCCUGUUGUCAUUCAUCAUCUACCCUGUGUUUGACUGUUGUCUUCAUAUAAAAACAUUACGCAGGCUACUAUAUGGUAUGUGUCAGCUUAUUUGCAGCUGCAGACCUUUUGCCUAAAAUGCAUGAUGGUUGUAUUUAUCUGAGCACUAAAACAUAGAUGGCUUUUAACUUUUUUAUAAAAUAGAUACAACAAAAUUGGGUGUUUUUUGUGUG